AUCAGUACUUGCUGGCUGUGAUACGCCUCGCAGGUCUGCUGCUUCACACGCUUGGAGCCCCUGGGCGUGCUGCGCUGUCAUUCCACCACUUGCGGGUGGCUGACGUCGACAGGACGAAUGAGGCGCGAUCGCCCGCUGUCGGGGCCGCGAUCGGGGGCCGAGACGCCAUUGGGCACCAUUCCAAUCCGGAUUUGUAUGUGGACGUGCGUUGACGGAAUGACAAAUGCGCCUCGCCCUCCCUCUGCGACGAGCCCCCUCUGCUCUCCGUCUGCACCUCUCAGCUCUCCCCAACCCCUCGCCGAGAGUGCUCCCCAGCCCGAGCCCUACGUUCCCCACGAUGCCGAAGCGUAAACGCACGACGACAGCCGCAGCGAUCACCACCGGGCAGACGGUCGCCUCAGCGAUUCCGACCGAAGACGCGGUCGCUGCCGCGACUGCUGCUGUGCUAGCCCUCAGCGACCCGGUGGCGGGGUUUCCAGGCUCGCCGCGACACGUGUCCGGCCGCACUCACAACGUAACCACGACCUACGCCGACGAGCCGUCGAGCCCGCUCAGCGAGCUCGAGGACGAGCUCCCAGCCCCCAAGAAGCGCACGCCCCGAAAGAGAGCUAAACGCCCUGCAGCGGCAGCCGAGAGCGCGCUGACGGAGGACGGCGAGGGAUCGCCCGCCAAGCAGAAACGUACAACGCGGAAGAAGGCGACGGAGCCGGUUGUGUAUGACAUCCCACCCGUGGAGCGCAAGGAGACCAAGUUCACGGGCAGGCUGGGCUACGCGUGUCUGAACACGAUCCUGCGCGCGACGAAGCCCGAGCCGAUCUUCUGUUCGCGGACGUGCCGGCUUGAGACGAUCAGGAAGAACGGCAUCGAGUUUGCGAAAGAGCUGGGCCUGAAGAACGCGCGGGACCUGAAGGAGAUGAUUGAGUGGAACGAGAAGAAUAGGAUUCGGUUCUUCCGGGUCUCGUCGGAGAUGUUCCCCUUUGCGUCGCACAAGGUACAUGGUUACGACCUCGAGUACGCGCGCGAAGAGUUGAAGGGAGCAGGCGACCUCGCGAAGCGUUAUGGCCACAGGUUGACAACGCACCCAGGCCAGUUCACCCAGCUCGCCUCUCCGAAGGACGACGUGGUCACUGCAAGCGUCCGCGAGCUCGAGUAUCAUUGUCAGAUGAUGCGUUACAUGGGGCUCGACCAAGACAGUGUCAUCAUCAUUCACAUGGGGGGUGUGUACGGCGACAAAGAGACGACGCUCGCGCGGUUCAGGGAGAACUACCACACACGGCUGACGGACGAGAUGAAGGCGCGGGUCGUACUCGAGAACGACGAGAUAUGCUACAACCCAGAUGACCUCCUGCCCGUGUGCGACGAGCUCGGGAUCCCGAUGGUGCUCGACUACCACCACAACUGGAUCUACCCGUCGAAACACGAGCUUCCCGAGCUCCUCCCGCUCGUCGCGGCAGGCUGGGCGCGCAAAGGCAUCCGGCAGAAGCAGCACCUGAGCGAGCCACGCCCGGGCGCGGAGACGGUCAUGGAGAAGCGCGCGCACGCGGACCGGUGCGUAACACUGCCGGAGGAGUUGGUGGGUGCAGACGUGGACCUGAUGAUCGAGGCGAAGGACAAGGAACAGGCAGUAUUCCACCUCUACAGGAUAUACGCGCUUGAGGAGGUCAUUCACGAGAACUUGCGCCCUGAGAAGCCUCCGAAGCCGUUCGUGCGCGGGAAGGAUCGUGCGCCCGCGAAAGGCGGUGAAAAUGGCGAGGGCCUGGAUGGUGACGGUGAGGACGAGGCGGAGGCGGUGGAAGGGACGCCGAGGAAGCGGGCGAAGGCAAGGGCGAAGGCCAGUGCGAAAGGGGAGGCGGAGGCGGCAGAGGUAGAAGGGGACACAGCCAUGAAGGAAGAGGACGCCGAUGGCAAGCCCAUGCGCAAGUCCAAGCCAAAGAUACGGCGCACAGCGACGAACGUCGUCGCCGGUACGGAUACGCCCGCCUCGCCUUCAUCACCGAUGACGCCCAGGCGCGUGUCCACCACGCCCCGCCGGCCUCGGCGGUCAAAGGCGGAGGGAGCGGCGGAGGAGCUCGUGAACCAGGAGGACGACCCGGAGCCCGUGGACGGGGCACGAGCGGGCGAGGUGGAGGCGGAGGAGCACCCGGAGGUCGUCGAGGAAGCGAAGGAGGGUGGAGGAGGGGCGGAGACGGUGGAGGAGGAGGCGAGGACGUGUCGGGGUGCGGGGGAGGUGGAGGCGGGGUGCAGGUGAUUGGGCGCACCGGCGGAUGGUGGGGAGGUUGGUUGAUGCGGUGGCAAUUUAUUGAUAGCUUAAUGGGCCUGGGU